CCAGCAGACCACAGGAGGAGGAGGGAUGAUGACGAUGAAGAAGAGGAGGAAGAGGAGGAGGAAGGAGCGGGAGAGCGGAGGAGGGAGGCGGGAGGAGAGUGGGGAGUACUCAGAGGACGAGGACAUGUUCACCAUCGACAUGAGCACUGAUGAGGAGAGAGAGCAGGACAACACCACCAGCAGGUGAUUACAGUAGAUAUAGUCUUUACAUCAACACUAUUUACACUAAUCUACAACGUGUGUGUGUGUGUGUGUGUGUGUGUGUGUGUGUGUGUGUGUGUGUGUCCAGAACGUCUGUACAGACAGGGACGCAUUUGGCAAGAGAGGCACACACACAGCCCGCCUCUGAGUUAUCUGUUUACAUUGGGCCCCAAUUCCUGGAGAAACGACAUUCCUACAGUGGCCUCUGCUACUACUUCUGUAACAGCGAUCACAUGCUGCAACAGAUACAGAUACUGUACUCACUGUGCUGCUUUCUAUAUUUCCCUCUGGCAGCCCAACCCUUACGAAGCCCAGGGUGACUCCAGGACGCAAUGGGUGGAAAACGUGCUGUAAUGUCAUAAUGAGUGGAAUUCUGGGGCUGUUCUUGGAAUUCUUGAGCAAUAACAAACAGCUUGCUGAGUUUGGACAGUGUCACGCCUUGGCUCUGGGACUCUGUUAUGUUGAGCCAGGGUGUGUGGUUUCUAUGUGUUUUGUGUGCUAGGGUUAUUAUCUAGUUCUUUUGUUUCUAUGUUGGCCGGUGUGGUUCUCAAUCAGAGGCAACGUGUAUCAGCUGUUGCUUGUUGUCUCUGAUUGGGAACCAUACUUAGGCAGCCUGUUUUCCACAGUGUGUUGUGGGAUCUUGUUCCGUUUGGUUUGUGUAACCGUAGGACUUCACGUUUCGUAUCGUUUGUUGUUUUGUUCGUGUGAUCAUAAAAAAUAAAAAUAUGUUCGCAUUCCACGCUGCGCCUUGGUCCUCUCAGUUCGACGAUCGUGACAGAAGAUCCCACCAUAACUGGACCAAGCAGCGUGUCCAGGAGCCAAUGCCAGAGGUGACUCUGAAGGAUAUCAACCUCGACUGGGUCAAGCCGCGGGAGGAGGAGAGAGGCUGGACUUUGGAGCAGAGGAGCGAGAGUCUGGCGAGAGCCAUGGAGGCCUGGCCCACGGGGAGGAGAGACGGCCAGACAUUUUUUAGGGGGGGGGCUCACGCCGUGGACGACGGGGCAGCAGGAGGCCGGGAUAGAGUGGUUCAGCGGGUUGGCAAAGGAGGCCGCCAGGUUACGGGAGUCACUGGUCACCAGGGGGAAGGAGAAUGUGGAGGCACGGCGAGAGGUACUGGGGUGUGUUGCCAGAACGGUCCGGCCCGUUCCUGAUUCCCGGGUAGGGCCAGUGGUGUGUGUCCCCAGUACGGUCCGGCUUGUUCCUGUCCCUCGCACCGAGCCUGUGGUGCGCGUCACCAGCCCGGUCCGGCAUGUUCCUGCCCCUCGCACCAAGCCUGUGGUGCGCGUCGUCAGCCCGGUCCGGCCUGUUCCUGCUCCCCGCACCAAGCCAGUGGUGCGCUUCGUCAGCCCGGUUCGGCCCGUCCCUGCUCCCCGCACCAAGCCAAUGGUGCGCAUCGUCAGCCCGGUCCGGCCUGUUCCUGCUCCCCGCACCAAGCCAGUGGUGCGCUUUGUCAGCCCGGUUCAGCCCGUCCCUGGUCCCCGCACCAAACCAGUGGUGCGCUUCGUCAGCCCGGUUCGGCCCGUCCCUGCUCCCCGCACCAAGCCAAUGGUGCGCGUCGUCAGCCCGGUCCGGCCUGUUCCCGCUCCCCGCACCAAACCAGUGGUGCGCUUCGUCAGCCCGGUUCGGCCCGUCCCUGCUCCCCGCACCAAGCCAAUGGUGCGCAUCGUCAGCCCGGUCCGGCCUGUUCCUGCUCCCCGCACCAAGCCAGUGGUGCGCUUUGUCAGCCCGGUUCAGCCCGUCCCUGGUCCCCGCACCAAACCAGUGGUGCGCUUCGUCAGCCCGGUUCGGCCCGUCCCUGCUCCCCGCACCAAGCCAAUGGUGCGCGUCGUCAGCCCGGUCCGGCCUGUUCCCGCUCCCCGCACCAAACCAGUGGUGCGCUUCGUCAGCCCGGUUCGGCCCGUCCCUGCUCCCCGCACCAAGCCAAUGGUGCGCGUCGUCAGCCCGGUCCGGCCCGUCCCUGCUCCCCGCACCAAGCCUGUGGUGCGCGUCGUCAGUCCGGCACAGCCCGUGCCUGUUCCACCGGUGCCUGGUCCGGCACCGGUCAGCUGCUCCACUCCGGAGCUAGAGCAAUCCGCUCCACCAGUGUUCAGUCCAGCUCCGGCCAGCAGGGCCAGACCGAACCAGGGGCGCUUUGGGGGGUUAGAGAGGGAGUGGGGGUCAUGCCCGGAGCCGGAACCGCCUCCGAGGAGGAAUGCCCACCCGGCCCUCCCCUGUUCGGUUUAUGUUUGGCGCCUUUGGGGGGGGGGGGGUACUGUCACGCCCUGGCUCUGGGACUCUGUUAUGUUGAGCCAGGGUGUGUGGUUUCUAUGUGUUUUGUGUGCUAGGGUUAUUAUCAAGUUAUUUUGUUUCUAUGUUGGCCGGUGUGGUUCUCAAUCAGAGGCAACGUGUAUCAGCUGUUGCUUGUUGUCUCUGAUUGGGAACCAUACUUAGGCAGCCUGUUUUCCACAGUGUGUUGUGGGAUCUUGUUCCGUUUGGUUUGUGUAACCGUAGGACUUCACGUUUCGUAUCGUUUGUUGUUUUGUUCGUGUGAUCAUAAAAAAUAAAAAUAUGUUCGCAUUCCACGCUGCGCCUUGGUCCUCUCAGUUCGACGAUCGUGACAGACAGGAUGUGCAGAAAUCAAUCUGUGUGUGAAAUAAAUGUGGGGUAUGCCAAGAGAGAGAGAGAGUGUGUGUGUGUGUGUGUGUGUGUGUGUUUAUAGCCUAGUUGGUGACAGGUCAAUGGUUGCAUUGCCAGGCAGGCAUCCAUAUAUACAAGCAGAUUAUAUAAUUUCACUGCUGACAGGGGUAGAAGAAACAUAGUAAAUGUAAAUCCGGGACACUCCAAUUAUUAUCAUAUGUUGCAUAUCUCUUAGGCCUUAGGAAAUGACAAAACCAGCAAAAGCCCUUUUUUUGCCAGACUGUCUCUGGUGAAUCCUCACUGGGGUAAUAUAGAGCUUAUGGGAUUCCUGUAACACACAAACACAAACACACGUCCCUGUGCUGGUUGGGUGCUGGCUUAAUAAGCCUGAAGGAACCAGCAUCUGUCUAAUGUGAACCCAAUUCUCUGGUGUCUCUGUGUGUGUGUGUGUGUGUGUGUGUGUGUGUGUGAAUGCCAGCUCUGUGUCCUCCGUGUUGGAAACGCUCCAGUAACUCCUUCUUUUCCCACAAUGCUCUCUGUCUCUGUGGAGUAAUGACCGUGGUGAACGGGGCCUCUCAGUCGGACCCUCCUUAUUCUCUCUCAUUCAUCUGAUGUGUGUGUUGUUGUUGCUAAUCUCUCUCUCUCUCUCUCUCUCUCUCUCUCUCUCUCUCUCUAUCUCUCUCUCUCUCUCUCUCUCUCUCUCUCUCUCUCUCUCUCUCUCUCUCUCUGUCUCUCUCUCUAUUUGGCUUACUCUCUUUGUCUUUCUCGCUCUCUAUCUCUAUCUAUUUCUCUCUCUCUCUCUCUCUCUGUCUCAGGACCUCUACUCCGGAGUUCUAUGGAGAGCAGGGGCCUAAGGACAGUGUGUUGAGCAGCACCUACACCCAGAACAAAACAUACACACGCCCUGACGCAGACUGGGCACACUCGCAGAGGUACAUACAUAUGACCCAAACCACACACACGCACGCGCACACACACACACAUGCACCCACAAGAUCGAACAGAAUAGAAUAACCGACAGUUUGGUUGUUGUACUCAUGCAGGAUCUUGUAGAAUGAAAGAACUGCGUAUGGCUUACAGUUGUUCUCUCUGUAUGUCUGUUUCUCCCCCCCUAUCCCCAUCUCUCUCUCCCUCCAGUGCUCUGAUAGAGCAUACUCUGUCUAUCCCUCCUAGCGGUGGUCUGUCCAUCUCCUGUCCACAGCAGACUUCUCUCUUCCCUUCUCCGAUCAGGUAAGUUAUACUAUUUUAUUUUGUAUAUAUUUUUUUUUAAACUCUGCAUCGUUGGGAAAGGUUCUGAAGCAAGCAUUUCACUGCAAAGUCUACACCAGUUGUAUUCGGCGCAUGUGACAAAUAACAUUAGAUUUGAUUAGAUUUUUAACUCACCAUCCAAUCUCACUUAUCAGUAUAGCUUCAUUAAGUCUUAAAAGUUAUCCUUUGUUUAAUUUUAGACCAACUACAUUAUAGUCUAAAACCAUGGUAACCAGCAGAGACUUUGUACUGUAUUGUUGAUGUUCAUGAAUCAGUGUAGUACUGGAUCAACCAAUCACAUGUGUAUGUUACCAAGCAGCCCAGGCGGCUCCAGCCCCUCCACUCCUAAGAGUGACUCGGAGCUGACCAAUCAGAGCAAAGACAACCCUGAGAUGCUGUGGGCCUGGGGAGAGCUGCCACAUGCUGCCAAGGUACAGAGAGAGGGAGGGAGGUGGGGAGGGAGGGAGUGAGGGGUUGAAGGGAGGGAGGUGGGGACGAAGCGGGAGGGAGGGAAGGAAGGAAGGAGGGAGAGAGAGAGAGGGAAGAGAGGAAUGGGAGGGAGGGAAAUAGGGAGGGGAGACAGAUCCAGAUAGACAGAAAAAGAAAGAGACAGAACAGGAAAGAAAGGACACAAAAAGGGAGACAUUAUGUCCACACAGUGAUCCAGAAAUCAGGACUGAUGUUGGCAGACUUUAAUCUCUUUAAUCAUCUUCCAUGAGAGCAGCUGAGAAACACGCUAAUAAUCUAGCACUCACGCUAACCACACAUACUUUAUCUCUCCUCUCUCUCUCCUCUCUCUCUCUCUCUCUCUCUCUCUCUCUCUCUGCUCUCUCUCUCUCUCUUCUCUUCUCUCUCUCUCCUCUCUCUCUCUCUCUCUCUCUCUCUCUCUCUUCUCUCUCUCUUCUCCUCUCUACACCCUACCUCCCCUCCCUUGCUCUGUCCUGGUCUGUCUUUCUCUCCCUCUCGCUCUCUUCUUUCUCCUCUCUCUUUCUCUUUCCCUCUCUCUCUCCUCCUCUAGCCCUCCUUCUUCCCUCCGUUCCAGAUGCAAGAUUCUUUGAUGAUGUCCCCUGUCACCAUCCCUGUGUGUGACAGCACACACUUCAGGACCAUCACUGGAGACGGUGUCCCCUCUGAUCAGAUCCAGACCCAGAGCCACACAGACAGCAGCCCCCCGUCCCUCACCCUGUACGUUCCCCAGCCUGGGGACAACACUACUGGGUCUGUGGCUAGGCCUGAGUCUGGGGCCAGGUCUGGUUUUGGGGCUGGGGCUGGAGGAGACAUGGAGGUAGUAUGGGUAGCCUGUAGAGAGGUGGAGGGGGAGGGGCUGGUGGCCUCCAGGUUGCUGUCAGAACUGGAUGAGGGGGGCCACAGGGACAACACGGUCAGACACACAGACUCCCCAUCUAAGAGGAAAGGUAUGCAGCUCACAAGUCUGCUUCUUUAAUGAUCUGGUUUAUUUCAGUGUCACAUUCAGGGUUAGAUUGUAAUCAGAGUUUAUGGACAGUCAUGUUUGAGUAGCUGAACCAUUACCUCGAAGGAGAGUACAGACAGAAUAUAUAUAAAUCGGUUUAGAUUCCAGAAUUGUUAUUGAAACUGUCACUCACAUCUGUAAAUAUGAAUGCCUCAGCCAUUAGUUUCAUGUCAAGUUAAUGAAUGAAAGUAAUGCCUUGUCAAUCAUUGUAUCCAUGGUAAUGUGUGACGCUGUACCUGCAGACAAGAGGAGCCACCACCUGGGCUCUGAUGGAAUCUACCUGGAUGACAUCACUGAGCUGGAGCCAGAUGUGGCCGCUCUCUACUUCCCCAAAAGGUAACACAACUGUAACUUACACACACACACCUGUUACAUACACACACAUCAGUGGAGGCUGGUGGGAGGAGCUAUAGGAGGACGGGCUCAUUGUAAUGGCUGGAAUGGAAUUAAUGGAAUGGUAUCAAACAUCAAAUAUGGAAACCACAUGUUUGACUCCACCCCAUAUUCUAUUCCAGCUAUUCGAAUGAGCCCGUCCUCCUACAGCUCCUCCUACCAGCCUCCACUGACACACAAAUACACACACUCAACACAUCCAUACACACACAUACCAGUAACAAACACACACCUGUUACGCACACACAUACACACACUCACCUAUCCUGUCCUACACACAGACUUGUCCUACACUCCUGACCCUAUGACCCUGUUCCUUAGUGACGGGGGCGGUUCGGUAAGAGUGGGUGCGGAGACGGGGGUGCGGAGCGCCAACCAAUCCCCUCAGUCGGUGGGCAGCAGUGAGAUGGACAGCGGCGUGGACAGCUACUCUGACCAGCUGGGAGACAUACCCAACAUCACCAUCUCCCUGUGUGGAGGUCUCACUGACAACAGAGAAAUCACAAGAGGUAGGGGCUGCUAAACACAUGGGCUGCAUCUCAAUAGUGUCUGGUUUACUUCUUGGUAUAACUGAAUAGGUGCAAAUUGUCGCUACAUCUAUUUGCUGCCAUAUUGUUUUCAACUAUCCAGUCAUCUCUCCUGUCUGGGUCCUACAGAACAGUUGUAUUAACCCUCUCCUGUCUGGGUCCUACAGAACAGUUGUAUUAACCCUCUCCUGUCUGGGUCCUACAUAACAGUUGUAUUAAUCCUCUCCUGUCUGGGUCCUACAUAACAGUUGUAUUAACCCUCUCCUGUCUGGGUCCUACAGAACAGUUAUAUUAACCCUCUCCUCUCUGUGUCCUACAGAACAGUUAUAUUCAAUCAAAUCAAAAUGUAUUUGACACAUGCGCGGAAUACAACAGGUGUAGACCUUACAGUGAAACGCUUACUUACAAGCCCUUAACCAACAAUGCAGUUUUAAGAAAAAUACGUGUUAAGUAAAAAAUUGAUAAGUAAAUAAUAAAAAUAGAUAAUAAACAGAGUAGCACCAGCGUAAAAUAGGGGGUGGGGUGGGGUGGUGGGGACAAUGCAAAUAGUCCGGGUAGCCAUGAUUAGCUGUUCAGGAGUCUUAUGGCUUGGGGGUAGAAGCUGUUAAGAAGCCUUUUGGACCUAGACGUGGCGCUCCGGUACCGCUUGCCGUGCGGUAGCAGAGAGAACAGUCUAUGACUAGGGUGGCUGGAGUCUUUGACAUUUUUUUUUUUUUUAGGGCCUUCCUCUGACACUGCCUGGUAUAGAGGUCCUGGAUGGCAGGAAGCUUGGCCCUAGUGAUGUACUGGGCCGUACGCACUACUUAACCCUCUCCUGUCUGUGUGUCUCUACAGAACAGUUUGAGGAGAGAGCCAUCUCUUACCAGCAGUUCACGGAAAACCCCUCCAUCAUCGACGAUCCCAACCUGGUGGUCAAGAUAGGAACCAAGUAUGUAAAAUACCUCUAACUCUGCAUCAUAGCAGUGAAGAUAGCAGAGAUGUGAUUUUUCUUGAUUAAUCAGGACACAUUAUCCUCCAUUCAUAUGUAAUUGAAUCUGACCUAUCCCAUAGCCAAAAUCCCGAUUUGAUAUGUUGUCCUGACCACAUCCCUGACAGGAAAGUAUGUAAUGUACAGAACAUACCACUGAACACCCUUUGUGUGCAGUCAAAUAUAGUACUACUGAUAAGAAAUCUACUGUAUAAACUGGAGAUUAAACAAUGAUCAUAUGUCUGUGUUUUCUCCUCCAGGUACUAUAACUGGACUACUGCAGCCCCUCUGAUGCUGGCUAUGCAGGUGUAUCAGAAGCCCCUGCCAUUGGUAAGACCUCCACAACAUUAGCAACAUGCUAUUAGCAUAGCAUCUGGGCUACACGGCUGGUAGACUAUGUGCUGAUCUCAAAUAUAGUGCACUGUACCGGAGUGGUUUUACCUGAGGUUUAUCAUAUGUCACAUUAAUCAUAUGGCAAUGUAAAAAGAACAGUCCAAAUGUAACCCAUCUACCUGCUAAAUCUGUGGCCCAGUUCUGCGUCUGGCCAUGCAUGUUUUGUUUUUGUGUGAAUUCCUACAUCCUCUGUCUCGUUUGAACUUCAUGCACACUGGAAAGCAUUCUCCUUAACCACGUGUCCUCUUAACGCUCAAGUCUUUUCCCCUUUUUGUUCCCUUCUUUAAUUUGUUCUCCCUCAAUCUCACCUCCCAUCCGGCCCCUAUUGGCCUUCAGUACUCCUGUCUGAGUUAUGUGUACUCUGCCUUUGGCCUCUUCUCCUACUGUUUACCCAGUCAGUUCAGCUCCAGCCCUGUGGGUCCCUUCAGUUUCAGCUGUCUGUCUUGUCUGUCUGUCUGCUGGGUAUAGCAUGUCUGUCUGUCUGUCUGUCUGUCAGUCCAUCCCAUCUGUCUGUUGGGUAUAGUAUGUCUGUCUGUCCACUGUCUGUCUGUCUGCCUAUUGGGUAUAGUAUGUCUGUCUGUCCACUGUCUGUCUGUCUGCCUGUUGGGUAUAGUAUGUCCACUGUCUGUCUGUCUGUCUGUAGCAUAUCUGUCUGUACGUCUGUCUCUCUCUAUGUCUCUUUGUGUGUUUUUCCUCUCUCUCUCUCUUCUAUUUCGUUCUGUCUCUUUGUCUCCCUCCCUUUGUCGCUGCCUGUCUUCGUUAGAUCACCAUCAUCCAGUCAUAUGACACUAGCUUCACUUAUUUGCAUUUGGGUUUUUGUAUCUCUGUGUUUUUGCGUUUCAGUGGUUUUGUUGAGUUGUGGUUUUGGUCAGGAACUGUGUGCGUUUGCAUCAGGCCGCAGUGGAGAACAUCAUGAAGGAGAAGAUGCCCAAGAAAGGAGGCCGCUGGUGGUUCUCAUGGCGCAGCAGGAACAGCGAUUCCAAAUCGGUACACCCCUCAGCUCAAAUACACACACCUCUGUAACACACACCAUAACCAGGAAACUUCUGCAGAAGUUACAGUAUUGGAGGCCUAGUUGACUGGCAUAUUAUAUUUGCUAGAAUUUCCUGGUUGUUGUUGUAUGAGUGUGUGACUGGUUGUUUGUCCCCAGGACUCAGUGUCUGAGACAGGACUUGGAGAUGAGGGAGAGGCCUCGCUCAGCAUGGCUCCAGUCAAUGGGUAACUACACUUCUCUAACACCAGAAAAGUUUAUAAUGCGCAAUAUAAUUUAAUUAUUUUGAAUACACGUUUAUAUACCCUAGUUUACAGAUCAUCAUAUACAUUAUACAGAAAGGGUCGGUUUCAUGGACUGAUUCUCCUUUGAGUUUGCUUUUUAGUUCAGGACUAGGCUUAAUCUGUGUCCGGGAAACCCCCCCUAGAAGUUUAUACUACAUUGUUUAUAUAGUGUUUAGAUUCUGGUUAUAAAGUCAGAAAUGCAUUUAUAGCUGAACUGUUGUCAUAACAGAAUGAAGGAGGAGUCUUCCUCCAGCGAUGAGGACCACAGAUUGUCCAAUCAGGGCUCAGAAUCCUGCAAGGCCGAGCCCCUUCUUACACCCGGUAGUGUGUGCUACAGGAAGACCCUCAGACUGACCCCAGAGCAGCUGGUGAGAGACACAACACUGUUCCCCUAACAUCUAUUGAUUUAACUUAUGAUCUCAGAACUGCUGAUGAGAAACAAUACUUCUCACCUCUUUAUGUGGUGACGUUGUGUUCAGUGUGAAUGGGUAAUGUAGUCUUUGUGUCCUCAGGCCAGUCUGCAGUUGAACCACUCAGUAGCAGGGUUAGAGUUAGAGGGUGUAUGGGUAAUGUAGUCCUUGUGUCCACAGGCCAGUCUGCAGUUAAAGGAGGGUCCUAAUGAGGUGGUGUUCAGUGUGACCACUCAGUACCAGGGCACCUGCCGCUGCCAGGGCACCAUCUACCUCUGGAGCUGGGACGACAAGAUCAUCAUCUCAGACAUUGACGGCACCAUCACCAGGUGUGUGUAUGCAUGCAUGAGUUUUAUUGGCAGUUGUGUGUGAUCAUGUUAUAUCUCUGUUAAUGGUAGGUUAAUGAGGUGUGUGUGUGCGCGUGCGUGCAUGUGUCCUCUCUUGCAGGUCGGACACCCUGGGCCACAUUCUGCCCACGCUGGGUAAAGACUGGACCCACCAGGGCAUUGCCCGCCUCUACCACCGAGUCAGCCAGUGAGUUCCCACAAGAGGAAUUCAAUAACUAUAGAUGAGCAUUAGAGUAAUGGAACCUUGUUCACAUUUAGAAUAGGGCUCAAUGUAAGAUCAAUUAACUUUAUUCAUGGUGUUUCAAUCUACAAGGUUUAGUACGUUGCACCCUAAUGAAGGCAGCCCUGUCCCCUCCCUCACUCUUAGGAAAGACUAAGAGAGGAGAAUCAUUAAAUCUCAUUCUCUUCCUCUACCUAUCCCUCUAUCUUUCUCUCUCUCUCUCUCGCGCUAUCCCUCUCUAUCCCCCUCUCUCUCUCUCUCUCUCUCUCGCUCUCUCUCUCUCUCUCUCUCUCUCUCUCUUUUUCAGGAAUGGUUAUAAGUUUAUGUACUGCUCAGCGAGGGCCAUAGGUAUGGCUGAUAUGACGAGGGGGUAUCUACACUGGGUCAACGAGAGAGGAACCAUGCUGCCUAUAGGACCUGUCCUACUCAGCCCCAGCAGUCUGUUCUCAGCUCUGCACAGGUGAGGAACACAUACACACACACACACACACACACCAUCAUCACUCAUCACCAUCAUCAUCGUAAAAAUAAACACAGCAGAAGCAAAAAAGAGUGAAACACAAUAGUGAACAAUCAUAUGGUAACAAUAGUGAACAAUCAUAUGGUAACAAUAGUGAACAAUCAUAUGGUAACAAUGUACAGCAGCUGAUGUAAUAGAACUAGCUAUCCCUGGAUUGUAUAACGAUGAUUCCAUCCCGUCCGUCCAUCCUGUCCUUGUCCUUCCUGUAGGGAGGUGAUAGAGAAGAAGCCUGAGAGGUUUAAGAUCCAGUGUCUGACCGACAUCAAGCAGCUGUUCUACGCCAACACUGAGCCUUUCUACGCAGCCUUUGGCAACAGAGCCACGGUGAGAGCCCUGCUUUCUCCAACACUGCACAUGUUACCUUAGGCUACUUUUUAGAUUCAUUUGUCUGGAACCAUGCACAGUAAUGAACCGAUCUGUAAAUGUGACAGAUUAAGCCAAAAGGCUAUUUUCAAACUGAAAAUUCUGUUUGAUACCGUUGCAGUUGUGGUUGUGUGUGUGUUUUUGGAUAGUAUGUCGGUUGUUGUUAAAGUUGUUGUUGUUUAGGAUGUGUAUUCCUAUAAGGAGGUGGGGGUUCCCCUAAACAGGAUCUUCACAGUCAACCCCAAGGGAGAGCUGAUACAGGAACACGCUAAAACCAACAUCUCAUCGUAAGUCAGACAUCUUUCUCCCUUGUAUCUUUCUUCAUCUGUCUUUAUCUGUCUCUGUUUCUAUCUCCCUCAGUAGCUCUCUCUCUCUGUCUUUGUGUCUGUCUAUGAACAAUGAAGUGAAGUAUGUUUCUGUUUGUGUCCCUGCCAGGUAUGGUGGUCUGUGUGAGGUGGUAGACCACGUCUUCCCCCUGUUGAUCAGAGGCCACGUCUCUGACUUCUCCUGCCCUGACACCUUCAGCCAGUUCACCUACUGGAGAGAACAACUGCCCCAGGUCCACAGCCCCAACCAGCCCCAGGUCCACAGCCCCGACCAGCCCCAGGUCCACAGCCCCGACCAGCCCCAGGUCCACAGCCCCGACCAGCCGCAGGUCCACAGCCCCGACCAGCCCCAGGUCCACAGCACCGACCAGCCCCAGGUCCACAGCCCCGACCAGCCCCAGGUCCACAGCCCCGACCAGCCCCAGGUCCACAGCCCCGACCAGCCCCAGGUCCACAGCACCGACCAGCCCCAGGUCCACAGCCCCGACCAGCCGCAGGUCCACAGCACCGACCAGCCCCAGGUCCACAGCCCCGACCAGCCGCAGGUCCACAGCCCCGACCAGCCCCAAGUCCACAGCCCCAACCAGCCCCAGGUCCACAGCCCAGACCAGCCACAAGUCCACAGCCCGAAGUCCACAGCCCCGACCAGCCCCAAGUCCACAGCCCCGACCAGCCCCAAGUACACAUCCCCGACCAGCCCCAAGUCCAUAGCCCCGACCAGCCCCAAGUCCACAUCCCCGACCAGCCCCGAGUCCACAGCCCCGACCAGCCCCUGGACAACAGUUGAGAAGACCCCACACCACAUCAGACCACCCCAGGAGUGA